AUGUCGGAGUUGCAGCAACUACAGGAGUUUGAGAUCCCCACUGGUCGCGAGGCUCUGCGGGGCAACCACAGCGCCCUGCUGCGGGUCGCAGAUUACUGCGAGGACAAUUACGUGCAGACCACAGAUAAGCGGAAGGCUCUGGAGGAGACCAUGGCCUUCACUACCCAAGCACUGGCUAGUGUGGCUUACCAGGUGGGCAACCUGGCUGGGCACACUCUGCGCAUGUUGGAUCUGCAGGCGGCCUCCCUGCGGCAGGUGGAGGCCCGUGUGAGCACGCUGAACCAGAUGGUGAACAUGCACAUGGAGAAGGUGGCCCGCAGGGAGAUCGGCACCCUGGCUGCAGUCCAGCGGCUCCCCCCCAGCCAGAAGAUCAUAGCUCCCGAGAGUCUACCAGCCCUCACGCCGUACUACAGGAAACCCCUCAACUUUGCCUGCCUGGAUGACAUUGGCCAUGGGAUCAAGGACUUGAGCACACAGCUGUCGCGGACCGGGACACUGUCUCGAAAGAGCAUCAAGGCGCCUGUCACACCUACAUCAGCCACCCUGGGGAGGCCGCCUCGGAUCCCCGAGCCUGUGCAGCUCCCGGUGGUGCCCGACGGCCACCUCUCCGCCGCUUCGUCCAUCUCCUCUCUGGCCUCGGCCGGCAGCGCCGAUGGUGUUGCUGGGGUCCCUACGACCAAGGGACAGGCAGUCCCUCCACCUCCGCCCCUUCCCAGCCCCAUGGUCCCACCACCACCUGCGGCUGACUUCCUGCUGCCCCCUCCGCCAGAGGAGCCUGCCCCGCCCCCACCGGUUCUUGAGCUGCCCCCGCCGCUGGACCUGCCCCCACCUCCACCACUGGAUGCAGAGGAAUUGGGGCUGCCACCUCCACCACCCCCAGGCUUUGGCCCUGAGGAGCCCAGCUGGGUUCCAGAUUCCUACUUGGAAAAAGUGGUGACGCUGUACCCAUAUACCCGCCAGAAGGACAACGAGCUCUCUUUCUCGGAAGGCACCAUCAUCUGCAUCACGAGACGCUAUUCGGAUGGCUGGUGUGAGGGAGUCAGCUCUGAGGGGACUGGAUUCUUCCCAGGGAACUAUGUGGAGCCCAGCUGCUGA